CACAAACACAAUCAAACUUUCUUCAGCUGUUUACACAUACAAUUACAACACUUACAUUUGUUUACAAUUUGGAAUUGAAUUGGAGAAAGCUUUAGUUAGAACGAGAAAAAAUAUUGCCACUGUAAGCAUAUUGAUAUAAUAACAUGCUAAAAGAAGACAGAUAUUACAUUACAAAAAAAAAUGAAAAACUGAAAUUGAAGCGGCAAUUUGGUCAUUUUAAAAAAAAUUUGGGCUUGAAAAGGAGAUAUAUAAAAGAAUUAAUUUUAAAAGGCAAAAUCAAAGCAAAUACAACGACCGGGACUUCAUUUUAUACCAAAGGAAAUUUUGUGGACGUGGAUAUUCGUCUCCUCUUUAACAGAUAAGUUUGAGUUUAAACAAAAGUUAUAAUGAAUAAAAAGACUUUUGCAAACCUCUUGAGCAAAGAAAAAUCGAAAUUCGAAGCUACUAUUGCGAAAUUUCGUAAAUUAAAUGAAUCUGAGCAAGAGGUUUCAAAUGAUUUUGACAGGAGUGAUUUAGCAAAUAAUGAUGAUAUUCCUUGUACCAGCAGAGCAGCUGCUAAUAGGCUUGAUGUAAUAUAUGAUAGCGAUAGUGACAGAGAUAAUAGAUAUUUUUUUGAAGAAGAUUUUGACAGUGCAGAGGAAAUUGAGGUCCAAUCACAAUUUGAUAAAGCGGUAGAAUUAAAGGCGUGGGCAAUUAGUUAAAUAUUUCACAGAAUGCUCUUACUGACCUACUUCAAACUUUAGAUAAAGUAGGUGUAAAUGGCUUGCCAUUAUCAGCUAAAACUUUGUUAGGUACAACUAGAGAGAAAGUUAGCGUGGAAAUUAUACCAGGUGGAGAAUUUUUAUAUUUUGGAAUAGAAGAAAACUUAAAUAGUAUAGAAUUUGAUUUUUUAGAAAAUUGUGAAAGGAUAGAUAUUGACGUUGGUAUAGAUGGGCUUCAACUGACAAAAUCGUCUAAAAAUUGUGUGUGGCCUGUAAUGGGUUCCAUUGUAAAUUUUCCUAAUGUUAGUCCGUUUUUAAUUGCUUGCUUCCAAGGAAGAAGUAAACCAAAUAACCCAGACGAUUUUCUCAGAGAUUUUUGUGUUGAAGUAGGUUUUCUAAGAGCUAACGGACUAAAAGUAGGUAGAAAUCAGGUAAGCAAACAGUUCGAUAUUAGGUCCUUUACCUGUGAUUCUCCAGCCCGCGCCUUUGUGACUGGGGUUAUAUCGCAUACAGGAAAACAUUGUUGUCCGAAAUGUGUAUGUUCAAGCCGUUAUAUUAAAGGUAGAGUUAGUUUUUCAACAACUGUGGGAUUAUCGCGUAGUGAUGAUAGUUUUAGAAAUAGGAGAGAUAGGGAACACCACAGAUUAGAGUAUAGGGAUAAAGAAAUUUUAUUGGAAUCUGCAAAUUUUAAUAUGGUUUCACAAUUUCCUUUGGAACCAAUGCAUUUGGUAGAUUUAGGUAUAACGAAAAAAAUAUUAAAAUUGCUUAUUUCUAAGGGAAAUAUAAAUAUAAUGAACGAGAAGCUGCGUUUUUUGGCAAAAUUUGUACCUUCUGAAUUUGGUCGCAUAGUGCGAGAUUUUAAUGAAAUAAAUAAUUGGAAAUCCACAGAGUUCCGACAAUUUUUGCUGUAUACAGGUAUAUUUGUUUUGAAAGACUGCAUUAAUGAAAACCUUUACUAUAAUUUUCUUUUGCUACAUGUCGGAAUUAGAAUACUUUCUUAUGAGCAGUUAGAUGAACAUAAAGUAAAUGUAGCUGAAAAAAUUGUACAUGAAUUUGUUUAUUUGUUUUCUAAUUUACACGGCGAACACUUAAUUAGCUUUAAUGUACACGGGUUAUUACAUCUAGCUGACUGCGUAAGACGAUUUGGCGCGAUUGACAGCUUCUCCGCAUAUAAAUUCGAAAAUUAUAUGCAAACUUAAAAAAAAAAUGAUAAAAAAGCCGGAUAAAGUAUUGCAGCAAUUAAAAUAGAUAUAAUGAGAGAAAAAAUUCGUUUGCGGUUUCUAAUAAAAUUUCUAAAUUUGGGUUGUUUUCGUUAGAUAUUAAAAAAGAUAAAGAUAGUUUUUGUUAUUCAGAGGAAAACGGGCCUAUAAAAAUUAUUGGUGAGAAAAUUGAGGGGGGUGGUUUUGUAGGACUUAUUUUAUCGGAAACAAGGGAUUAUUUUCAGGAGCCAGUUGCCUCUGCUGGUUUAGGUAUAAUUAUAGGUAGUAUUUCAGAGGUUGAGGUAGUUGUAAAUAGGGUAGAUAUUAAAUAUAAAUAUUUUUCUAUACCUUUAGAAAAUAAGUUUUUAUUAAUUCCAAUAAUACAUCAUUUAUUUAAUGAUU